AAAGAGCGACAGUCCAACCUCCAAAUCCUAUACCCAAACUUAAUCAAUCAUCCGCAUCUGCGACAACCUACACAAUGGCCUCCGCAGCAGGAACCGCUGCGCAACCUACCCCGCCAUCCCUCUCUCUCCCCCCCUCCCAGUUCGCCCGGCUGCAACCUCACGCCUAUCUUCUCGCCCACCUAUCGCCCCCCUCGUCGAGCAACCACCCCUCCGUCCGCGCCAACGGCCGCGCCCCCUCGCAAUUCCGCGUGACCUCUGCAAACACAGGCUCCUUGACACACACCAAUGGCAGCGCGGUGGUGCGAGUCGGCGACACGACAGCCGUCUGCGGCGUGCGCGCUGAGAUCCUACACACAGAAGACAUUGCCUCGUGGAGCUUAUCCCACUCGUCGUCAACAGAGGAGGCAAACAAUCGCCGGAAAGCAGACUCCGACGAUACCGACGUCGACCCCAACGAAUCCCAAAUCCAAGACCUCAACCUGCUGGUCCCCAACCUUUCGCUGAGCACCGGGUGCGCGCCCGGCUUUAUCCCCGGUGCGCCGCCCUCGUCGCUCGCGCAGUCGCUCUCCCAUCAGAUCCUUACGCUGCUGCAUAGCUCGCGGCUUGUGCGCGCCGACGACCUGCGGAUCUGGUACCAGGCGCCGAAUCUAGGCGGGGAGGAGCUGGAGCGGCAUAACGAGAGCGAGCAGAUGGAUGUGGAUGCGGAAGCUGGUGCUGGUGCUGGGGCGGGAGGAUCCGAGCACGACAAGGAGAUUAAAGCGUUCUGGGUGCUUUAUAUCGACGUCAUGAUUGUUUCUUUGGCCGGGAACCCGUUCGAUGCUGCGUGGGCAUCUGUCCUGGCCGCGCUCCGGGAUACGAAGCUCCCGCGUGCCUGGUGGGAUGUGGAUAACGAGACGGUGGUGUGUUCGGAUGCGGUCUCGGAGGCGAAGAAGUUGACGUUGCGCGGAAUGCCGGUCUCUAGCUCGUUCGCUGUGUUUGAGGCUGAUGCGGCGAGUGGGUGGAGGGCUGUGGUUAUUCCGGAUGCGGAGGAGGAGAGGAAGAUUACGGAGAGCCAGAGGCAGGGGAUCCAGCGGAGGUGGAUUCUGGCUGAUCCCGAUGGAUACGAGGAGGGUCUUGGUCAGGAGAGGGUAUGCAUUGUGGUGGACGAGAAGCAAGGUGGCAAGGGGAAGACUACGAUCUUGAAGAUGGAGAAGAAUGGCGGGUUGGCGGUGGACAGCGAGGAACUGAAAGAGCUGAUUGAUGUGUCCGCGCAAAGAUGGGAUGAUGUGAAGCGAAUCUUGGAACAGUGUUGAAAAAAUGGUCUUUUGUGCGAGACCUUACCUAGCUAUGAUUACUGUCGAUGAUACCAACUAGAUUUUGAAAAGUUCUUUGGAACAGGAGUUUAUUGAUAUUCCACGCAAUGCAGCAGUC